UUUGAAAGUUUCAUACAGCAGCGCCGGCCAGAACUGGGCAUCUCUCUCCAAUAUAAAAGGUGUUAUCUGGUGAAUUUACAGAGGGCAUCAUCAAGCUUUAGCCUUUUUGCUUUUAACUUCCUUAAAACAUGGUUGUUUUGCCUUCUCUUUUCCUUCUCGUCUUGUUUCACUUUCAUGGUGGUGGGGCUCGCCCCACAUCGAGCAACCUUCAAACUUACAUUGUCCAUGUGAAGAAACCAGAGAAGCUAUCAACUUAUGGGCAAGUAGAGGAUCUAGAGAACUGGCAUAGGUCGUUCUUACCAUCGAGUUCGGAGGAUCAUCCAAAGUUGUUGUAUUCGUUUCRAAAUGUGAUGAGUGGUUUYGCCGCAAGACUCACCGAAGAACAUGUGAAAGCAAUGGAAGAGAAGGAUGGUUUCAUUUCGGCGAGGCGCGAAAGAAUAUUGAAGUUGCACACCACUCACACCCCAAACUUUCUUGGACUAAACCGGCAAUUCGGGUUCUGGAAAGACUCGAAUUUUGGAAAGGGAGWGAUCAUAGGAGUGUUGGACGGUGGAAUUACACCGAACCAUCCUUCGUUCGACGAUGCAGGAAUGCCACCACCACCGGUGAAAUGGAAAGGAAGAUGCGAGUUUAAUUUCUCAGCAUGUAACAACAAGCUUAUAGGUGCGAGGUCUUUCAAUCUCGCAACAAAGGCCUUGAAGGGCGAACAACCAACAGCUACAGACUCUCCUAUUGACGAAGAUGGGCACGGGACUCACACAGCGAGCACCGCAGCUGGUGCUUUCGUAGACGAAGCAGAGGCAUUGGGAAAUGCCAAAGGCACAGCCGUUGGCAUGGCGCCUUUAGCUCACCUUGCCAUCUACAAAGUCUGCUUCGGGGAGGAUUGCCCAGAUAGCGAUAUUCUUGCAGCACUCGAUGCAGCUGUUGAAGAUGGCGUUGACGUGCUCUCGCUCUCUCUUGGGAGUGAUUCGGCUCCAUUUUUCAGAGAUGAUAUUGCCAUAGGCGCAUUUGCAGCCACUCAAAAGGGAAUUUUCGUCAGUUGCUCGGCUUCUAAUUCGGGGCCUCUCAAUGCCACAUUGUCCAACGAAGCCCCGUGGAUUCUAACGGUUGCAGCCAGCACCAUUGAUCGAAGAAUCAUAGCCACAGCCAAGCUUGGAAAUGGAGAAGAAUUCGAUGGCGAAUCUCUAUUCCAGCCGAGUGAUUUCCCACCAACAUUAUUCUUGCCUCUCGUUUACGCCGGUGAGAAAAACGAAACGGCUGCAUUAUGCGGAGAAGGUUCGCUAAAAGACAUUGAUGUAAAAGGAAAAGCUGUGGUGUGCGAGAGGGGAGGAGGAAUUGCAAGAAUUGCAAAAGGAAUGGAAGUCAAGAACGCGGGCGGCGCCGCCAUGAUCCUCCUAAACCAACAAACAGAUGGAUUCACCACCGAGGCGGACGCUCACGUUCUUCCAGCCACCCAUGUCAACCACGUGGCGGCGCUGAAGAUCAAAGACUAUAUAAACUCAACACAUAACCCCAUAGCCGCAAUUGCAUUCAGAGGAACCGUCAUCGGCGACGACGACUUCUCUCCGGCCAUCGCUUCCUUCUCAUCCCGAGGCCCCAGCCUUGCAAGUCCUGGUAUUUUGAAACCCGACAUAACCGGUCCCGGCAUCAGCAUUUUAGCUGCAUGGCCAUUCCCAUUAGACAACAACACAAAAAACACCAAACCAACAUUCAAUGUAAUAUCAGGAACAUCAAUGUCGUGUCCUCAUCUCAGUGGCAUUGCAGCUCUGAUCAAGAGCUCUCAUCCUGACUGGUCACCAGCCGCCAUUAAAUCAGCCAUAAUGACCACUGCGGAUAUAACAAACCACAAAGGCAGGCCAAUCCUCGAUCAGAAUUUCCAACCGGCAGACUUGUUUGCAACCGGCGCAGGCCACGUAAACCCAUCAAAGGCAACGGACCCAGGAUUGGUUUAUGACAUUCAACCAGACGAUUACAUUCCUUAUCUAUGUGGUUUAGGAUACAAAGAUAAUGAAGUUUCAAUUAUUGCUCAUCAACCAGUUGAUUGUUCAGCAAAGCCAAGCAUUCCAGAAGGAGAGCUCAACUAUCCAUCAUUUAGCGUCGCGCUAGGACCACCGCAGACGUUCACAAGGACAGUGACGAACGUCGGCGGUGGUUAUGAAGUUUACACCGUCAUGAUUGAAGCGCCGCCAUCGGGCGUUUCUGUGACAGUCCGACCAAGAAAGAUAUUCUUCUCCGCAGUGAACCAGAAAGUGGCAUAUUCAGUUACUUUCAAGCGCAUUGGUUCAAUUACACCACCCUCUAGUGGCUCCGCCCAAGCCUAUCUCAAAUGCAUGUCUUCUAAACACAUUGUUAGGAGUCCCAUCUCGAUUAAGUUUGUGUGAGCUUUGGUUUCAAACAUUGACCCAACACUAUAUCAAUUGUGUGUGAUGUGUYGKAUUCUUAUUACUCUAUUCUAUUCUUGUUAU